UCCCUCUGCAGCCCCCGCUGCCCCCCUCCUCUUCCUCCUCCCAAGGCGAUUGUCAUACGAUAGCAAAGAAGUGGCACAUUAAUGAAGCGCCGCUACAGGGGUCUUUUCUGCUCCUGUCACCGCUUAAAACUAUCAGAUGUUUCGAGGGUGGACAUGGAGGCAGCCACCUAGCUCAGCGGAGCCGCGUACGACACAGCAGCGUCCUCUGGAUCCCCGAGGCGGCGGCGGCGGCGGCGGCUGCCACGGUCCGCUCCAGCACUCGGCAGCCCAGCUCGGUCUCCCGGGCAGGACUCACCGCCCAGGAGCGCCGCGGAGCUCUCCCAGGCUGAGCCCAAGCCAGGCUGGCAGCUAGUCUCACCGGUCUCCGACGCUGAGCUCUGAUCGCCGGAGGGGAGGGACUCGGCCACCAGCUGCACCGUCCCGGAUGCGGACCCGCAACUUGAAACAACUUUAAGAUCCGACCAGUCCUCCCCGCCGCGCGGACUCUGAGCCAGUGAGUGUGUAAGUGAGAAGAUGCCUCGGCCGGGCCGCAACACGUACAGCGACCAGAAGCCUCCCUACUCCUACAUCUCGCUGACCGCCAUGGCCAUCCAGAGCUCUCCGGAGAAGAUGCUGCCGCUCAGCGAGAUCUACAAGUUCAUCAUGGACCGCUUCCCCUACUACCGGGAGAACACGCAGCGCUGGCAGAACAGCCUGCGCCACAACCUCUCCUUCAACGACUGCUUCAUCAAGAUCCCGCGGCGGCCGGACCAGCCGGGGAAGGGCAGCUUCUGGGCUCUGCAUCCCAGCUGUGGGGACAUGUUCGAGAACGGCAGCUUCCUGCGGCGCCGCAAGCGCUUCAAGGUGCUCAAGUCUGACCACCUGGCUCCUAGCAAGCCAGCGGACGCGGCGCAGUACCUCCAGCAGCAGGCUAAGCUGCGGCUCAGCGCGCUGGCCGCCUCUGGCACGCAUCUGCCGCAGAUGCCGGCCGCUGCCUACAACCUGGGCGGUGUGGCGCAGCCCUCCGGCUUCAAGCAUCCCUUCGCCAUCGAGAACAUCAUCGCGAGGGAGUACAAGAUGCCUGGGGGACUGGCCUUCUCGGCCAUGCAGCCAGUUCCCGCUGCCUACCCGCUCCCUAACCAGUUGACUACCAUGGGCAGCUCUCUGGGCACAGGCUGGCCACAUGUGUACGGUUCCGCGGGUAUGAUCGACUCGGCCACCCCCAUCUCCAUGGCCAGUGGCGACUACAGCGCCUAUGGAGUGCCGCUGAAGCCCCUGUGCCACGCCGCGGGCCAGACGCUGCCCGCCAUCCCGGUGCCCAUCAAGCCCACGCCGGCCGCAGUGCCCGCGCUGCCAGCGCUGCCCGCGCCCAUCCCCACCCUGCUCUCGAACUCGCCGCCUUCGCUCAGCCCCACUUCCUCGCAGACAGCCACCAGCCAAAGCAGCCCUGCUACCCCUAGCGAGACACUCACCAGCCCGGCCUCCGCCUUGCACUCGGUGGCCGUGCACUGACCCACAGAAGCUGGGGCUCCCUCUGGGUCACUUCUACAUCACCCCUCUCACCACUUCCCCGGCUCCGGGUCCAUCCCUCUCCGACCUAGAACCGUCACCCUGACUUGCCCAUUCCACCUUCUUCCUUCAGUCCUCUCUCCUAGGAGAACUUUUGGUUUUGGACCUGGAAGACAAACCACAAACUUGCUAGAAGGCGCGUGAAAGUUGUCUUCGCCCCUCCAGGGCACCAGAGAACACAGGGACUAACCCAAGCCAAGCGACCCCUCCAGAGUCCCAGAAAUGCACUCCCAUCCAAUAGGCAGGACACCCUGAUUCCCUCCUGCUCGGAGAAAACGCAAACAGAAAGGAAAAAAAAAAAAAGCAUCUUCUGGACUCUGCGCAAUUUCAAGACCAGAGACACUGCACGGGUGUGAAGCCCGCCAAGGCUGCAGCCGCACAGCGAGGGCCAAAUCUUAGGUCCUGAAAAUCUGUGGCCACGGACCCACUAAUCCUCCGACAGGCUCGCCUCCGCCCAUCAGGCCGGCAUGGGCGGGACGCUGCUUCCCCAGGCUGCGGCCCAGCCUCCCGGGCUUCUAAGGAAGAUUAUUUUUCUUUGCUUCUGGGUUUUGUUUCCGGCCAGAGGCUCUCUUAGCUUGGAGGGAGGAGAGAAGGCUGCUAAACUAGGGAGGAGGCUUGUCCUUCGCAAAUGCAAAAUACAGCUAGAAGUCACCGUUAUUGUUUACAAAGCGCGCGGUUUAAAAAAAAAAAAAUGUAAACAGUGAACUUGAGCAUCUGCCUGGCUAGGCGGGCUAGGGGGCAGAGUCCUCUUUACAAUUACCUGUUGUAAUGUGAAUGUUUACUCUUCUGGCCAGCUUUUGGUGGGCGGGGGGGAGUAGGGGGGAAUGGGGAAGUUAAUUGGGAUGGUAACUUUCUUACUAUUUAGAGACCUUUUUAGCUAUUUAUUUUGAUGAAGAAAGAAAGGAAAAGGAAAGAGAAAUGAAACGUGAACUAAGCCCAAUUAAGAAAGCACCUGGGGCAAGAGGGGGGAGAAUGCAGAUAAACCGACUGGGAACGUGAAGGGGGGUGUCAACAGAGAUGUCCCCUGGACAGAUCUUUCUGUUAGAAGAACUUUUCCAUGAAGGUAAAGGGCUGCAAAGAGUUGUAAAUAGGAAUGAUUUACACCGUGUAAAAUGCACUUUGGUUUGGUAUGUUCCUUUUAGCUUCUUAGGUAAUUGACUGAAAAACAAAAACAAAGAACAACCCAACACUUGUUCUGGUGUGACCUGCUUAAUUUAAAAAAAGAAACUGUAGUGUCGUCCAAGCUGUGAAAAAAAUUUCCCAUCUUUAUUUUUCUUCCUCCCUGCACAGAAUUCGCAUGGCAUUUUAAAUAUCGAUGUCCUUGUUCCCAGCAUGCCCAUUUUAAGACAGAGUUUUAAAAAGGUGUCUACAAUAAAUUAUGACCUAGUCUAAAUAAUAUUUUCUCAUUAAAAUAUGUAAAUUCAA